UGUUGAAGAUAUUUGGCGAUUUUGUGUGGGUUUUUUUUUUUUUCCCUUCAGGUUUUGUCUGAGUUUUUGGUUUUAUUUUUCUGGGGCAGAAACAAUGGCCUUCCUUAUGAAAACGAUGAUAAGUAACCAGGUAAAGAAUUUAGGACUUGGUGGCGGGUCUGAAGAAAAAAAAGAAGAAGGAGGUGCAUCUGAUCCUGCAGCAGCUCACGGGAUGACUAGAGAGGAGUAUGAGGAAUAUCAAAAGCAAGUGAUUGAGGAGAAGAUGGAAAGAGAUGCUGCAUUUACACAAAAAAAGGCAGAGAGGGCGUGCCUGAGAGUUCACCUCAGAGAAAAGUACAGACUCCCAAAGAGUGAAAUGGAUGAGAACCAAAUCCAGAUGGCUGGAGAUGAUGUGGAUUUGCCCGAAGAUCUCCGGAAAAUGGUCGAUGAAGAUCAAGAAGAGGAAGAAGAUAAGGAUUCUAUUCUUGGGCAGUUACAGAACCUUCAGAACAUGGACUUGGACACCAUAAAAGAAAAAGCCCAGGCCACCUUCACGGAAAUCAAGCAGACGGCGGAGCAGAAGUGUUGUGUGAUGUGA